AUGUUUGGAUCUGGCUCGGCUUUCGGAUCGAAACCCUCGGGGCUUUUUGGAUCUUUCAAUUCACCAUCUACAAAUUUGGGGACAUCAACUUUCAAUUCUAACAGCACCCAAGCUCAGCCUUCUUCCAUUUUUGGGGCUACGAACUCCACUCAACAGAAUCAGAAUCCUAACAACGAUGUGGAGGUGCCGCAGACUCCAGAUGACGCGGUUCAGGCCUUGAAAUUUAACCCAGCGAGCAAUGGUGCCCCAAUGUUAUUGGCCGCUGGAUCCUGGGAUUUCACUUGUCGGAUCUGGCAGAUCAGCGAAAGUGGCCAAGUCGAACCGAAGGCCAUGCAAAAUGUUGGAGCACCCGUUCUAGGAUUGGAUUGGUUUGACGUGUGUUUGCAGUGAUUUUUAUAACUUAUUAAUCUUUCAGGAUAGUAGCAAGGUAUUCAUGGCAUGUGCAGACAAACAAGCGCGGGUGUGGGACUUGGCAUCAAAUCAGGUUGCUAUAGUUGGAACUCACGAUUCUCCGGUAAAGUCUUGUCAUUGGAUCACCUCUCCCAGCUACAACUGCCUCAUGACCGGCGGAUGGGACAAGACUCUUCGUUUCUGGGACAUGAGACAGCUCCCGACUCAAUCAUCUUUGGCCACCAUCAACUUGCCAGAUAAAGUGUUCUGCACCGAUCUUCUAUAUCCAUUUGCUGUUGUUGGACUCGGGAAUAGAAGAAUUAAGCAAUAUAAACUAGAAGGGCAACCUCAGGAGUUUAGCGACAUCGAGUCUCCUCUCAAACAUCAAAGCCGAUGUGUCUCCAUCUUCAAGAAUAAGAUGAAUAACCAGCCUGCCGGAUUCGCACUGGGAUCUAUUGAAGGUUGGUCUUCCUUAAUAACUGACAAUUGUUUAGGCCGUGUUGCAAUCCAAACCAUUGAGAGCAGCAAUGCUAAAGACAACUUCACUUUUAAGUGUCAUCGCUCUCCAGAUCUUGUAAACGGUUUUCAAGAGAUUUAUCCUGUAGGUUUUGAAAUUUUUAAUGUUGUAGGUACACAGCGUGUUAAAAACGUUUAAUUUAGAUAAACGAUGUCUGCUUCCACCCUAUCCAUUACACACUGGCUACUGUCGGUGGGGAUGGACGAUUUAUGUUAUGGGAUAAGGACGCCCGCACCAAGCUGAAGAACUCCGAACAGAUGCCCAAGCAGAUCACCAAAUGUCACGUCCAUCACGGUGGGAAUGUGAUGGCCUACGCAACAGGUUACGAUUGGAGCAAAGUAGGUCUUUAAUUUUAUUUUCACGAUUUUCUCCAGGGUCAUGAGGGAAACAUCGGCCCCACUAAUGCCAAGAUAUACCUACACGCGGUUGCCGAUGAGAUGAAGCCCAGGCAGAAGAAGUGA